CCAGCAAAUAUAUUUAUUUUAGACUCAAUGGCUCCUUAACUACGCAAACCUUUAAUAAAAUGGUUUAAAAGGCGUUUCAUAUACUCUACAGGGAAAAGCCGUGGAAGGUUUAUUAAGUUGAUCAAAGGUUUAUUAAAUCGAUCAAUCAACGGACUUUGUUUCUACGCCGUAAUGAAACAAAUAUAUUUUUUUCUGGUUAGCAUGAUUUGCACGAAGUGAAAGCCUAUCUCAAUUUGCUCAGUAAUUUCCUAAAAUUUUCAUUCUCGGAACAGGGUUCAUUUUCGGAACAGCGGCUAAUGUAGUAGCUUUGGCCGAGGAGGUCUGGGUACUCAAGCUCGUUUUGUGGCGCUCGUGUUAACGAUCUGAAUAUGUAUUUUCCUUCGGAAGUUCAGCGUGAGCACGCAUGUGAUUUAUGCUAACACAUCUUGUGUUAGCACGUGGAGUCUCUCGAGACUCCAGUUGGAAUAUAUAUAAGGAGUGAAUAGGUCGAUAUAUUCAUCAAGUGCGACACUACUCGACGGUGCUUGUAGUUUUCUUGUUUGUUUCAUCGUGUUUGAGAUGCCCUCGAGUCCCGAAAUUUCGAAGAACCCUAAAGAGUCUGCUACAGAGGACGUUUUCGAACGUUUUAACACGUACCUUGACCACAAGAUUGAAAAUCUCUCGUCGGGAUUAAGCUCGCAAUCGUCAAGUGAAACUGGAAAAUUGCAAAGAGCGUCUGAGGCCGGCAAGCUUAAGUUCCAAGGCAACAAAGACCAGUUCCUGUUUAACUCCGAACUUCAGGCGACGGUAGACGAAGCCGCUAAUUUUCUUGGCUUGCGCGACGUCGACAAAGCUGCUGAAAAGGUUGAGGACUUAAGAAAAAGUUUGCGACAUCGUCAGAAGAUCAUAAAACUGGCAGACAAGAGCGAAGCAGGUUGGCUUGCGGUGAAGGAAUACGAGGCGGAGGAGUUAGCUAGUGAUUCGGACGACGAGAAGAGGAUCAGGAAGGCGCAGGAGAGGGCUUUGAAGAAGAAGAAGCAAAAUGCUUUUAAGAAAUCCGAGAAGAAUAAGACUCCCCUCAGCGCUCAUACUUCUCGCGCUGCUGACGACCGGUCUCUUUUUCGAGGUAUGCUCCUUGCCCUUUCUUUGUUUUUUCAACGUGGCAGGCAGGUGCUCUCACUCUGCCUGCCUUACAGUCUUGUGUAUUUGUGUUAUGCUUCAGCGUUCUGGAGAAGGAAAAUGAUUUUCCUUCGUACGAACGGAGUGAGGGAGAAGGAAAUGUAAAUAACCUGGAUAUGUGAAAUUUCAAGCAACGCCUACACAUAUAACUUCAAUUCGCAAGAUAAUUGCAUUGAAACCUUUUA